AUGAUGCCCCCUCAGCCUACCAUCGUCCUCGCCCAUGGUUCGUGGCAAACAGCCACCAACUUCGACGCUUUGCGCAAGGAGCUUGCGAAACUGGCUUUCCCCACAGUGGCUAAAACCAUGCCUAGCUCAACCGAGGAUGCGGAGCAGCCCUCAUUCACUGCGCAAAAGGACGCAGAGUAUCUACGCCGCUCUGUGAUUGAGCCCCUUAUCAAGGAAGAAAAGGAAAUCGUGGUGGUCAUGCAUUCGUACGGAGGCAUAUAUGGCAGUAGCGCAAUACAGGAGAGUAUGAAAUUGUCGGACAGAAAGAGAAGGGGGCUCAAAGGCGGUGUAUUGGGCCUCGUCUACAUUGCAGCUUUCGUGGCACCGCCGGGAAUGAGUUCGCUGGGUGUCUUCGGAAUUGACAGCCAUCAACCGGAAAUCAAACAAGAGAAAGGGCUCGGACAUUCCGCAUCAUGGAAGCAGCGACAGAAUCUUGUUCUGAAGACUGAUGUCGAGCAAAUGGCCUUGACCUGGAGUGGCACAUGCGAAAAGACCCACCGUGACGCGUCCGACCACGAAGAGCGGAGAACGAAGCAAGCCGCCACUACACCCUUCCGUGCCAUUACUGGGCCUGUUAGCUACAUUGGCUGGAAUACCCCAGCUUUCAAUCGAAAACGGGCCUACAUAUUCUGCGAACAAGAUCGCGCCAUACCGAUCGAGGUGCAAAGAAAUAUGGCAAGGAAUGCAGGCAUCGAGCUUUCCACCUCGUUCAACACCUCCCCCAACCCUUUUCUGAGCGUAUCGCGAGAGGUCGCCAGCGCUAUUGAGGGCUUCGCAAAGAAGUUCACCACUUGA